AUGCGCCUCAUUUUUAUCCUUGCUGUUCUGCAGGGCGCUGUCCUCGCCCAAAAGGCUCAAACGCAGACCAAAGAAUUCUGCGAAACGAGAAUGAGCAGAACCCCGGUUUCUGAUACACCCAGAGUCACCAUUAGCACGAAGGUCAAAUUGACCGCGAGCAAACCAUACUGCAAUCGGAAAAAUAAACACGAAACCUUCAAGGUAAAGCUAGGUCCUGUCACUAGCACCGUUGUUACCAGGUCUAUCUAUACCAGGUCGGUUACCGCUCCCCAAAAGGUCAAGACACUCACCAUCACAAAGACCCUCACCGAAACGGCCGUGACCACUCCCACUUUCAUCAAAACUGACACAAGAGUUUAUACCACCACGUCAACUCUAACGUCAACUGUUACAGUCCCAACGGUCUCUGGAUUUGUCCCUUUUGCCUUGGUAUCAGGGUCUGCUUCCCGAAAACGAAGACAGUCCAAACGAACCUUGCCUAGGAAGAAUGCUUGGGAGGACAAUAUGCAUGUUUUGCCCUCAAGAUUCUUUCCUCGUCAAGCCAAGCCCAAGUCGCUAAAGGACCCAUGUACCAUUCGAAUCGAAUCCGGCGAUAAAAACCAUCCCGUCCAUCCAACUCAAUCCCGCGGCGCGGUCGCGUGUUAUAAAUCCGUUCAGAUUACCAAGACGGUGCUUUUCAAAAGUUGUAUAGCGUGGACAAAAACGAUCACACUUGAUCAAAAAACCGUUACAAAGCAUGAUAUCACUAGAGGAUGGGUCACGAGCACAGUCACUGAAGCUGAUACCACAAUGACCGCGGACGAUACUGCAACAACAACCUCGACACUCACUAAAGCAACUACAACGAAAACCACGACGGAAACUGAAACUGAUCUCGCCCCAGCCGAGAGUUCCUGGGCUGCUUGUAACGCUGACAAUCUCGUCAAUGCAGCAAACGGUGGUCAUGGGAUCAAUGCAGUGAAUAUUGGAUUGAAUAGGUACAAUGUUCUCCCGCUAGUCACUCCUUAUGACUGUUGUGUUGAGUGCCAAAAGAGGCCAAAUUGCAUCUUUUCCGUUGCUUAUCAUCACAAGUGCUACCUUGUCAUUGGUACAGCCUGCCUUCCAGACCAUACGUUUGACACAAGCUUUACCACAUUAAACAACCUGCACCCUGAGAAUGGACCUACGCUGAGUAAUGGCCAUUGUGGCCGCAUCCGGAACGCUGGGGAUGCUGGGUGA